CGGGAGCGGCUCCCUUAGGAGGCGAUCUACACUAGGGGAAAGAAGGAGGGGGUCCCCAACCCGCCAGCUGCCUGCCUGCCUGCUCUGCCUGCAGUCUCCUCUGGGCGUCCUCAGCCAACGCAGCCGGAUGGGAGGGAGGAACCGCGAGCAGAGGCUGGCUGGCUGAGCCCAGCCCCGGAGACCAGCUCCUCCGGUGGGCGAUGGCCGCAGCCCCGAUCCUGGCUCUCCUGCUUCUGCUGCAGCUUUACCCCGGAGGAGGCAGCGUGGGAAGCCGCCAGGCGCGGGCUGGGAGCCAACAGGCGGCGGCAGAGAGGUUCCUUAAAAAAUAUGGCUACUUUUGGUCCGUGCAUCAAGCAUUGAAUCCAGCUAAAUUCUCAGAAGCCAUUAGGGAAUUCCAAUGGGUGUCCCACUUGCCCCUCAGUGGCGUCCUCGAUGCCUCCACUGUCCGCCACAUGAAUCUCCCCCGAUGUGGUGUGAAUGACGCAGAGAGCCGCUCCACAUGGAAGGACCGUGUGGGUCUCCUUUUCUCAGGAGGGACGCUCAGCAGAAAGCGCAGGAAACGGUUCUCACAUCAAAGUGGGAAAUGGCACAAGCGGCACCUGACUUACCGGGUUGUGAAUUGGCCCUGGUACUUGCCCCAGCAGCAGGUCCGCCAAGCAGUGAAAGCAGCCUUUGAGCUCUGGAGCAACGCCUCCGCCUUGGUUUUCUGGGAGGCUGCGGGGGAGCCCGCAGACAUCCGCCUGACCUUCUUCCAGGGCGACCACAACGAUGGGGUUGACAAUGCCUUCGAUGGACCAGGGGGCGCUCUGGCACAUGCUUUCUUCCCCCGCCGGGGUGAGGCACAUUUCGACAACGACGAGAGAUGGUCUCUGGACAGCGGGAAGGGACGCAACCUCUUUGUGGUGGUAGCCCAUGAAAUUGGGCACACGCUGGGCCUGGAACACUCCCCUGUGCGGAACGCCCUCAUGUCCCCUUACUACAAGAAGCUGGGCAAGGAUUUUGUCCUGAACUGGGAUGACAUCCUUUCCAUCCAGAAUUUAUACGGAAAACCUCUCCGGGGAUCUGUGGUCCAGCUCCCAGGAAAAUUAUUUGCUCACUUCCAGGGCUGGAGCCAAGAUCUUGAAGGCACUGAGCACCGGAAUGGUGACCUCAGUUCCCAUUACUGUUGGUCGUUUUUUGAUGCCAUAACCACAGACCUGGAAGGCAAUCUUUAUAUCUUGAAAGGUGGCUACUACUGGAUUGCAUCCAAAGGAGUUAACCCUACUGGUCCACACCUACUCCGUGCAAUGUGGCCAGGACUACCAUCCGCCAUUGAUGCUGCAGCCUUCUCUGAGGAAGAUGGGAAAUUCUACUUCUUCAAAGGUGGCCGAUGCUGGCGCUACAAAGGCUCUUCCCUGGAAGUCAGCUUUCCCCGGAAGUGCAGCAGCAGUGGAGACCUUCCCCGACACCCCGACACUGCCCUCUACUUCCAGCCCCUCGGUCAUCUGGUUCUUUUCAAAGGCCCCAAAUACUAUGUGGUGAAUGAAGAGUCUCUCCGUGUGGAACCUUACUAUCCCAGGAGCCUGAGAGACUGGGGAGGUGUACCAGCCAUGGCAAAUGGGGCUCACAUGCAUUCGGACGGCUUUGUGUACUUCUUCCGAAACGACCGCUUCUGGAAAUUCGACCCAGAUAACCUGCAGGUGGUGGAAACUGGGAAAUGGGCUUCACAGCUAGGAUGGCUCGGAUGUCGGGACAUGGACCUCAACCAGGCUGUGGCCUGAUCUUCCAUAGAAACGGAAACAGAAUCACAGCAUAGUAGAGUUGGAAGGGUCCUGUAAGGCCAUCUAGUCCAACCUCCUGCUCAAUGCAGGAAUCCAAAUUAAAGCAUCCCCGACAGGUGGCUGUCCAGCUGCCUCAUGAAGGCCUCCAGUGUUGGAGAGCUCACCACUUCCCUAGGUCAUUGGUUCCAUUGCCGUAAUGCUCAAACAGUUAGCAUGUUUUUCCUGAUGUUUGGCUGAAAUCUGGCUUCCUGUAACUUGAGCCCAUUAGUCUGUGUCCUGCACUCUGGGAAGAUCGAGAAGAGAUCCUGGCCGUCCUCUGUGUGGCAGCCUUUCAAGGACUUGAAGGGUGCUAUCAUAGCGAAACUCCAGAAUUCAUCCAACAUUUGUGGGUGAGGUGCUAGCCAUUAUGGAAGUCUGCCUUUGAUUCCGUCACAAGCACACUGUUUAAAAAUAAACAAACGAAAAAGGAGUAAGCAAGGCCUACGAGAAUCCCUCAUGGAGCAAAAGAAUUUCUGGAAAAAUAUCAAGUUUUCCCAUCCAUUCCACCCCACUAAAAAUUAAGGCAAGGAGUGGGUAGGGAUACAACUGCUUGUACUGCACUGAUUGGAAGAGGGUGGUUUGUGUUCUAGCCAAUCAAGAAGCAUUCAAGACAUAUUUAUCUCCUUUGGUUGACAACUGGCUAAAUGUAGACCAACCUUUCUUUGCCAGUCCCCAGUUCAGCUUAGCACCGCCUGUUCUCCUGGCUUCCAUCUUUGUCCCAAAGCUCCUCUUCUCCAGAGGAAGAUUCAGUGAGUUACUGCCAACUGAUCAUCUACUUAAAACUUCUCUCUCAGGAUCUUGAGCUGCUUUUCAUUGGCUACGUCAUCAUCCUCACAGAACUGGAGGUGCCCAUCCAUUACCUUCUCUUGCCUUUCAGCAAUACCGCUGCAUGGGCGAUCACAUCUCCUCAGUUUCCCGCGGAGAUAUGAGCAGCUAUCUUGCAGAACUUUGACAUUCUUCUAAUUAACAUUCCUCUAACAUUUUCCCUGACAGCCAAUGUGGUGCAGUGGUUAGAGUGCUGGACUAUAACCUGGGAGACCAGGGUUUGAAUCCCCACACAGCCAUGAACCCCACUGGGUGACCUUGGGCCAUUCACUGCCUCUCAGCCUCAGAGGAAGGUAAUGGUAAACCACCUCUGAAUACCACUUACCAUGAAAAGGCUAUUCAUAGGGUUGCCAUAAGUCGGGAUCGACUUGAAGGCAGUCCAUUUCCAUUUCACAACAUUUUCCCCAGGUAGAAAGCGUUUCACGAUCCCAUUGUGAUGUCAUGACAGAUGGAUGAUGGAAAGGUGCUUGGAAACAGCUCAGGAGAAAUAUCACAUCUGAACAGGGAGUUGAAUCUGAGGCUUACCCACGGAGACUCAGCCUUCAUUGUGCACCAUCAUGCUCCCACAGAGCUGUUUUCUGCUCAAAAACCUGAUGGACCUUUUAACCCUUUGAUGCCUUUGGCAGUUCCAUUGUUGCAACCCUUCUGGCAGUUCUUAUGCCUGAAAGAUAGUGUGUGGUGCUUCUUCAUUCCCACCGCCUGUGCAUGUCUGGAACUUCAGGUGUCUACUUUGGACCACCAUUGCACCUGAGUAAGGCCAGCUCUGCUGUUAGGCUAGGUGAUGUGUGCACCUCAGAUAGCAAAUACUGAGCAGACAGUGGUAUAUGUGCCACUCAGCCUUCCCUAAUCUACUGCCUGCAUGUGUGGUGGAAGGUGCUGUCCUUUUGCCGGCGCCGAUGUAAAGCUCAACUGCCAAUCUUGCUUGGCUUUAGCAAACGGUGGGAGGAGGGAGGCACCAUCUUCACCUCAAGCGGCAAAAUGUCUUUGGCUGGCCCUGCACCCAGAUUACCUCUCCUGGCCUCUGGCACACCAGAGAGAAUCCCAGAAUUGCUGGAAUGAGAAAAUGUGUAGCUGCAAAUGUCAGGAACUGCUGACCACUGCCCCAUGUGGUGAGCAUCAUAACUGCAACCUCUUAGGGAAGAACCUUCCAGAUCUGGACUGGCUCUACAUACCCAGGCUGGCCAUUGGCCACGUCUGGGCAGGAAUGAGUACAAGAGGUCUUUGACCUUCUGCUCUUUGGGCCAAUACAGGUGGCUCCAAUGUCAGUGGGACAGUGGAUCUGCUUGGGGUUUGUCCAAAUUUCAAGGAGCUGUCCAAAGUGCUGAACCUGUUUUGGGACUAGGUUCCAGAACUUUGGUUAGCUUCUUGAAAGUCCAGACUAAAACCCAGAGUGGAUUCACUGCUCCACUGACAUCGGAGCCAUCUGUCUCCACUGCUUUGGACCUGAUUCAAGCACCUGUGCACCAACAAGCUACUCUACCCUUCAGAACUCAAUUGCCCUGGAGGACUGAGCUCGGGCGGCAUGAUAUUGUACAGAAUGAUAUUGUAUGAUGUCAGAUCACACAAAUGCAUUCUCAGGAUAACCGAGGGAAGCUUUUACAGCUGAAGUAGUAAGCAUGUGUCUGGGCAAUUGUUGGUGGAGAUUCACACAGCUGCUCUUUAAAAAAAAAAGCAACAACCCUGCACAUAGAAAACUAGCAUGCCAGGGGGAAGGUGAAGCUAGAUUUUUUCUUCCUGACAGGCUGGUUUUCUGCAUAUUUUUUUUCUAUGGAGGAGCAUUCAGUCAUGUGAACCCAGACACAGAUUAUCCACUCUGGUGGGGGCGGCGGGGAGGGGGGAUUAGCCCUGAAGGGCUGACAUUCCUUAAGACUUUUAGUUAACCUUUUCCGUCCCCUCAAUGCAUUAUUUACUGUCUUGGGGAAAAAAGUAAAGAUGUUUGUAAAACUUUUAUACCAGGAAAUGAGCUUCCAAACCAUUCUCCUUCUCUUGGGGACCCCCAAAUGGCAACCAACUACUAAGAUGAGGACAAAUCUCCCUCUCUGGGAGUAGAUCUAGCUUGUUCCUAAGAUAUGAGUGCCCCCAGCUUUAGUUACAGGGCAGGGCAGGGGAGCCUUUUCAGGUCCAAGGUCUGCAUUUCCUUCUGAGCAACUUUGGAGAAGGAGCCCAUGCUACUGGUGGGUGGGGCCAUAGGGAAAAGUGGGUGGAGCAAUGAAUGUAAACCUUUGUACAGCAGCCUAGUUUCUACACACACUCACAUGCCCCUCUCACAAGCAAGAGGCCUGUUGAGAGUUCAAGGACACAACUUGAGGUUGGUACGGAAGUUGCAGCUGGUGCAAAAUGCAGUGGCGGGACUGCUCACUGGGGCAGGCUAUCACCAACAUGUCACCCCUUUGCUGAAAGAAUUGCACUGGCUGCCCAUUUGCUACUGGGCCAUGUUCAAGGUUCCAGUUUGGGUGUACAAAGCCCUAUACAGCUUGGGAUACCUGAAAGAACGUCUUACCCCUUAAAUACCCAGUCGAUCACUGCACUUGGCAGGUGAGGGCCGCCUGCAGAUAUCAUCUUAUCAGGAGGUCCAUUCCGCACAACAUAGGAAUUCCCUCCCCUUAAAUAUUAGACAGGCGCCAUCUCUGUUAUCUUUUUGGUGCCUAUUGAAGACCUUCCUCUCUCAACAAGCCUUUUAAGGAGAGACCUUAUCCCAGUCUGCUACUGAAGACCUUCCUCUUUCAACAAGCCUUUUAAGUUGAGACCUUAUCCCAGUCUGCAUCUGUGUUGGAAUUGCUUUUUAAUACGUUCUUAAACUUUCUUUUUUAAAAUGUUUUUAAUCUUAGAA